AUGGAUGGUUCAUCGUUGCCCCUUUGGGGGAUGCUUGUUUUCGGGUUCUUUGCUCUGUGGGCUCAGUGGUGCCCACGAAAGUGGUUCCGUGUUGUGGUCAUUUUUUCGCUUUGCACUAUUGUCUCUGCGUCUGUGGGUUUGGCCGUUUGGGCCAAUGUCCACAAAGUCGUCGCAUCUAUUGGAUACGGCUUUGUGGCCCGGGAAAUCUGGAUAUUUGCGCGUGUGUUGUGGAGCGGAGCGCCCAUACACUUACCGGAGCCUCCUCAACGCGAAUCCAGCAGCGCCGAUUUGGUCCCAGCUGCGGAUCUCAGAGCGUCGGAGGCCCAGGUGCGGGCAUUGGACCACCAGGUCCGUCAGAUGCGGCAAGAUCGGGAGGCCGAGGUGAAUCAAUUGAACUCCACAAUCCAAUUGUACCAGCGUGGGGUGGUUUCCGGGCCUGGUCCAAUUCGGCAGCUUAUGGACGGGAAGCAGGCCGCGGAGAAUAAAGCUCGAGGCCUUCAGUUGAAGGUGGACACGCUUGAGGCGAAGGUGGAAUCUCUUGAGGGGGAGGGCGUGGCCAUGAAGGCCCGAAUCCCCAAAAUACAUGACCGGUGGGAGCACAUGGGCAAUGCUGGCAUCUCCAAGCGGAGGCGUCGCCGGCCAGCCAAAGGGGCACUGUCCCCAGACAACAAACUGGCUUUAUUCGACGCCGCCUGGGGGGCCAGGUGUUCCGUCAUCCAGGCGAAGGGCAAGAAGGGACUUGAACUCGUUACCCAGCGUGUGGAGUGUUUGGAGGCAUACAACAAGUGUCUCCACAAAGCAAACACCACUCUCAAGGGAGAAGUGGCCGAGAACGUUUCGCUGCGGUGGUACCAAGAAGGCCAGCUACAAAAGGCACUGCAACAAACAGAGAGAACAGCCGAACCAUCCAGGAAUAUGGUGCUGACCAACCAUAUUGGGGGCCUAGAAGGUAUACGCGACAUGGAGGCCACUGCUGCCACCCACACCCACCAUAGCGAAUUGGAGAGCACCUACCUCACCUUGGAGAGGGCCCGCGAAUCCACCCUUGCCGGUCAGAGCUAUGAACACGAGGAGCGGCAGAGAGAGAUCAUCCGCCAGCACGAGGCGAAGAAGCUGAAUGCCAAAGCCCAGAUGGCAGAGGUCACUCGCCAACAAGCGGCGCAGAACCUCGAUUCUCAGGGCAAGAUGGAAGCCAUGACCUGCCAGCACGCUGCGCUGAAACUCGACAUUCAUGCCAGGAUGGAAGGGUUGACAGAGCAGGCAGCUUCAAACAAAUCGCUGUUGGAACGGACCGAGGCCCGACUUGCGGAAUCGCUCGCCGAAAACGUUGCCCUCACCAAAAGGCUAGACAGGGCUGAGAAAUUUCAAGGGGCCACGAGAUCUGCGCGUGGUGGCAUUACGAAGUCCAAGCCAAAGCACGCCAAACUUCGCGAUGGAACCAACAAUCCCCAACAAAGCCAACGUUCCACAGAGGCAGCUGAAAAGCUACGAAAGGGACGGAAUAUGGUCCAAAGAUUGAGGGCAUUGCGCCCAUCCUCUGAAGAUCACGUCCCCAAGGCCGAUGAGGACGAACUGGCGAACAUCUGCAAAGGGUUGACGCUUUAG